AUGUUUCUCCAAAUCUCCAUUCUCCUCCUAAUCUCCUCGCAAGUCUUCGCCGAACCCGCGCACCCUCUCAUUUCUCAUGAGGAGGCCCAAUAUGUGGCCUAUACUCUAAUGCGGGCCACCGAUUGCGCAGGCCCGACGGUCGAAAAAUUGGGCCGCGUUUUUAAGAAUCCAUUCAUCCUAAAUACCAAUGAAACAAAAACCGUCGAACAAUUUGUUGAUUUUCUCCAAAAACGCAAUCAAAAUCGAACUGAUUUCACUGAUGAGAUGAUUUUGAGACAAGAACAAGAAGAUAUCGGAUAUUUUGAAGAUCGGAAAGCGAUUCUCUACUAUCGCACCAAGCAAUUUCAACCCGAGAAAUUCGAGAGAGUUUACAAUGAGCAAGACAAGGUUGCGUUCAAAAAAUGGGCUCGAAAAACAGCACGCGGAAACAAUGCCGUUGAAUACGGAAAGGCGAAAAUUCUUGAAUGA